GGGGGAAACAAGGCAGCAUUCAUCUAUUCUGAUUGCUUGGGUGUUUCUAAUUCCCUUUCAACUCAACCUUUACCAUUCGAAGAUCUCAUUCAAUCCCUUCAUUUCACCUAGACCAUUAAUUUCCUGCGCGGAAAGAUACAGCAGGAAUGGAAAAUAUUGCAGCGAAAGAUGUAGUGGGCCUAGACAGCAUCUUAGCUUAUGCUGGACGGCUUUCUUUCGUUUUUCAUAGAUAUCGACUGCUCUCUACGGAGAAUGAGCACCUUAUACCUAGUGUUGUUGAAGAACAUAUUAGCCUUCUCAGUUCUACCAUUGGUACGCUCAACGAAGUGCUUGGCCUUCUGAAACGAGAAGACGCGGGUAAAUCCCUGAAUCACGUCUUCAGCGACGAUGGCCUUCAAUUUGUGAAUUUGCUGGUAGGAGAGUGCGCAAAGGUCUUGGGCAAGAUUGCUCCUACGGCUACAAAAGCUGCUCAGAAAGUGGAGCGAAAGAAGAACGGAAAAAUGGCGAAGAAAGCCAAAGAGAAUAUCAUUGCGCCUGUGGUGCCAACGCAGUUGGAGCUCGACGAGGAGAAGUUCUUAAAUGACCUCGAGACUGCAGUGUGGUAUCGUGUAGACAACGAUACCUAUGCCUACCUAGAGCGGUUCAAAAAGAUCCAAUUGCAUCUUCUCUUGGUAUACCAAGUUGUUACCGGUGGCUCGCUUCUAGGAGAUCUAUCUUCUGGAAAAGUCGAUAUCGAAAAGAUCGUGCUCUAUCAUGAACGUAUCAACCGCACCUUCGAUCUAGUUUGUAGAUCUUCACCAAGUCGGCGUCGAAACUUUCGUUCCAGCAGUAGCUCUGCGUAUACGCUGAGUGGUUCGGAUACUGAUAUCGAUGUUGGCUCGAUAUUUCUAGGAACAGGACGAAACCCACGCUCGAAUUUCGCUACACACUGCCCUCCGCCUCCUCCGCCCUUUCCACCUGUUGACGGAUGUCUUCCUCAGCCCGCAUUGAGGGUUGUAAGAGCUGCCCCACCCCCUCCACCCCCUGCCAUGGCAUUCAUGCCAAGACCGCCGACUCCAAAUUCUACGUCUUCCCCGAGAUUUAUUAAUCUAAAUACCAACCCCCCCUCAUACGAGAGCCACAGAGGUUCCACUACGCCGCCAUUGAAGCAAGCAUUGCCAUUAACACAUCCCCCAAUAUCUCCACGAAUACUAUCGGAUGAGAAAGGCGAGGACAACAAGGCAGAUUUAGUAACAAAGAAGGAGGAGGAGGAAGUAGUGAACAACAACGCGGAGCCCCGAGCACCAGAAGGCCAACUCUUCAAUUCUCCCCACAACCGCCUUAGCUUCAAGAUCAGAAGCCUCUUUCGAAGCAAGGAGUCUCUUGCUGCAGAGAUGAAGAAAGUCUUGGAAAGUACUUCAAGCGUACUCGACGCUUUUCUCAUUCAAGGUUAUGAUGUUAGGCCAAUCCCCCACUCAGCAUUUCACAGCUUGGAAACUACGCACAUGCGUACGAUUCUGAGCCAAUUGAAUGACAAUAGCUGGCUUGAAACUUUCAGCAACUUGACAAGAGUUGAACAUAGCACACUUGGUAUCGCUCUAUGUCCUUGUGGGCAGACAAAAUUGCGUCGAGAGGUAGUGGUGCUUAAGGUUUUACAAGAGAAUAAAAACAAUUUGUGGAUGCGUCUCAUUGCCAAUAAGUCUGUCACUCCUCUCUUACCACAGCAUUCAAACGGCCGAAUCAUAUUAGCCAUUCGCUUUCCUGUGCCUCCUACAUCUCCAGGGGUUUCUCAACCAGGUCCACCACCUCCUGGAGUGCUAUCGGGUCCUCCCCCUCCUCCUCCUAGACACCCAGGGGCCUUAGUAGUCCUCAAACCUCCACCUCCGCCCCCCGCCUCCGCUCCUAGACCACAGUUCAAUUCAAGCCAAGCCCACAUCUACAGCGAUGCUGAAAUUAAUUGGUUGCUCUCACAACAUACGCUGAGUAACACGCUCUUCGACAAGCCGAGCCUGACGAGCCAUCUGCUUCGCACAUGUUUCAAGGUAAUCAUAACCCACGAAUAUAACACACUUCCCGAUAUAGUCGCUCGCGUGGAUUCCUUCAAUAAACGUGGAAGCUCCGUCAUCAACUCUCAACUCCGUCUCACAGAUCAACAAGCAAUUCACAUGACCCAGAUCUUGGAAGAUCUUCAAGUAAAAGAACGAGAUUUCAGGUUUGAAUGGUGCUGGGUGGAACUAAGUCUUCACAAUAGUAUAGGAGAAGUGGAUCUCGCUAUGCGUGGUCAAGCAGCCCAAACGGCAACGAUGAUGCAUUUAAUAGCUCGAAGAUCUCUGAAGAGAGAGUAUAAACCUUCUGAGGUUUACAAUUUGCUUGUGCGAGGACCACCACGCCCAGGCUUUAACAACGGUCUUCCUCCACGCCCAGGUCCACCAGUCGGAAUACCAAUGCCUGGACCUCCUCCACCGCCUCCACAGCCACAGCCUGUAGCAGGACCUUCAGUCUUUAUUGAUCGCUUCAGACCACGACCGAGAGGCAAUAGGAGAGCUAGAGCUAGAGAUAUGAGUAUGAGGGAUCGUGAUGAUUCAGGUAGCUCAGGGAGUGAUAGUGAUACUACUUAUGAUAGUAGAAUCCGACGAGUGAGAAGAACAUGUCGCAAUGAUAGACGUAUGGGCCGACGUUAUUCCGAUAGUGAAAUCUCGGAUGAUAGCGAUGAUGAUGAAGAUGUCAUUAAGAUUCCGAUUAUCUUGAAAAGGGGCGAUGAUGUGGUUAAAGAAGCUUUUAGAUCUUUGGACAGACCGAGUACGGGGGAUGUUGAAAAGUCAACGGGCAGAGUGAGAGAGAGUUCCUAA